CGUGCACAAUAUACCCAUUUCCGCGGUAUGCGUUCCAGAACGGAAACGCGCGUGCGUCAACGCCGUACGAACGAUCACCCUUUAGAAAAGUAGUACGUGCCAGAGCGAGGUCGGUGCGAAGCCAUCACCUCGAUAUUUCACGUUCUUCCGAGGCUUAUCUUAGCCCAAUAUUGAGCCAAGAUGCCACCCAAAAAAUCAAUGGAAGAAACCGAUCGGCUGACACGGAUAGCCAUAGUGAAUUCCGACAAGUGUAAGCCCAAGCGUUGCCGGCAAGAAUGCAAACGAUCAUGUCCUGUUGUGCGCAUGGGAAAGCUUUGUAUUGAAGUUACACCCAAUAGCAAGAUUGCGUCGAUAUCUGAAGAACUUUGCAUCGGGUGCGGUAUUUGUGUGAAGAAAUGCCCAUUUGAGGCUAUUUCCAUCAUUAAUUUACCGAGCAAUCUCGAGAAAGAAACCACACAUCGUUACUCCAAGAAUUCUUUUAAGCUGCAUAGACUUCCGAUUCCACGCCCAGGUGAAGUCUUAGGAUUAGUAGGUACUAACGGAAUUGGAAAGUCAACCGCGCUGAAAAUUUUGGCUGGAAAACAGAAGCCCAAUCUCGGCCGUUUCACUGAUCCACCAGACUGGACAGAAAUCUUGAGCCAUUUCAGGGGUAGCGAACUUCAAAAUUACUUUACAAAAAUUUUGGAGGAUGAUUUAAAGGCGCUGAUCAAGCCCCAAUAUGUUGAUCAAAUACCAAAAGCUGUCAAAGGCACAGUUCAACAAUUGUUGGAUAAGAAAGACGAGUGUAAAAAUCAGAUGGAGAUCUGCCGGAUGUUGGAUCUUACCCACAUACGGGAUCGAGGUAUCGAAGCUUUAUCUGGAGGUGAACUGCAACGAUUUGCCUGUGCAAUGGUGUGUAUCCAAGAUGGAGAUAUAUUCAUGUUUGACGAGCCAUCUUCUUACUUAGACGUUAAACAACGCCUAAACGCUGCUGUCACCAUACGCUCCCUCAUACAUCCCGACAAGUUUAUAAUCGUUGUGGAGCAUGACUUGUCAGUUCUGGACUACUUGUCUGACUUCAUCUGCUGCUUGUACGGAGUCCCUGGUGCUUACGGCGUUGUCACAAUGCCAUUCUCAGUACGGGAAGGAAUUAACAUUUUUUUGGACGGAUUUGUGCCAACGGAAAACCUGCGCUUCCGGGAGGAAUCGCUCGUGUUCAAAGUCGCGGAGAGCGCGACCGAAGAGGAAGUGAAACGAAUGAAUCACUACGAGUAUCCGAAAAUGACGAAAACCAUGGGAUCUUUUACUCUGGCGGUUGAAAAGGGCCAGUUUACAGACUCCGAGAUAUUAGUACUACUUGGGGAAAACGGAACUGGCAAAACCACUUUUAUAAGAAUGCUUGCUGGUAAUUUGCCUGCCGACGAAGGCUCAGGAAAUAUCCCGCUCUUGCACAUCAGUUACAAACCGCAGAAAAUCAGUCCCAAAUCUCAAGGUAUAGUGAGGCAGCUGCUUCAUGAAAAAAUUAGGGACGCGUACAUACAUCCUCAGUUUAUCACUGACGUCAUGAAACCAUUGAAGAUUGAUGAUAUAAUGGAUCAGGAGGUCCAGAAUUUGUCUGGAGGAGAAUUACAGCGAGUUGCUAUGGCUCUGUGCCUGGGAAAACCUGCCGAUGUUUACCUCAUUGAUGAACCAUCAGCCUAUCUCGAUUCUGAACAGCGUUUAGUCGCUGCGAAAGUGAUUAAAAGGUUCAUUUUGCAUGCCAAGAAAACUGGAUUCGUGGUUGAACACGAUUUCAUAAUGGCUACAUAUCUGGCAGACCGUGUCAUCGUAUUUUCUGGAACGCCAUCCCUGAACACAACAGCCCACUGUCCUCAGUCCCUGCUGAACGGCAUGAACCGAUUUUUGGAACUCCUUGGCAUCACGUUCAGGCGAGAUCCCAACAACUUUAGGCCGCGAAUUAAUAAAAGUCAAUCUGUGAAGGAUAUGGAACAAAAGAGAGCGGGGCAAUACUUCUUCCUGGAGGAAUAAAGCUUGCGAAUCAUGCCCGUCGGAAGCAAGAACGCUACACUAUAUACUACACUUUAACCCGUAAUUUGUAUAUCCCAUAAAGUAUUUUACGAUUUGUAUAUGAGGUAAUUGUUAAAUGCGGAUACACUCAAAGGGAAAAUUCAUUUCGUUCAUUAUAUUCACAAUACUCUAUAUUUCGAUUCAACGAACAGUGCAUAAGUAACAAUUGUAACAACUGCACAAGGAAACACAGCUCACCGAUUGCACCUAAUUGAUAACAAAACUCCAGCGUGUUUAUCACUUCAAGUUGGAAAUUCUUCAGCAUAGCAUUCAUUUUAUACAUUUCAAGUUUUAUAACAUGGUGAUGGAUUCAAACAUUAUGAUAUGUAUAAUUUCAGGUCAAAAGAGCUGGCCAACAUGAACAAAUUACGGGAAUAAAUAUAUUGAUUUGAAUUUGUUCCAUCUUGUAUACGCGAUGGUUCGAUAUCGACCAAUAAACAUGUAUAUGAUGCGUCAGAGAA